AUGCGUUACUCGGUCGGCCAGGAGUCACAGCCUUUCAACAACAACAACGGAGGUGGCUUCGUCUCCAACAACGGCGGCGGUUUCACCUCCGGCUUCGUAGACGAGUUCGCCGGCCAGGGCAUGCCGUACAACUUCGACUGGGCCGUGCAGGAGCCCGACUUCGGCAACGACUUCAACCACCAGGAGCAGAGCGACGGCGUGGUGACCUCGGGCGAGUACCGGGUCAACCUGCCCGACGGCCGCGUCCAAGUGGUCAGCUACACGGUCGAAGGAGACAGCGGCUACCAGGCGACAGUGACUUACGAGGGCGAGGCGCAGUAUCCGCCUGCCAACUUCAACCAGGGAGGAGGCGGAGGAUUCGGCCAGGGUGAUGUUCUCUGA